GCUUUGAAGCUGCUCCUAUAAUUUUCUUCUCAUUCUCUUCCUUUCUCUGAAACAGGAAAAAAUGAAAGAACAAUCUCUAGAAAUGGAGUCCACACCAGAAUCCCCAACCCUAGUCAUCUCAGAGCAGAUCCGUGUUAACGGAACCAUAACGGCAGCAUCGCUCUCCACAGACGGCAAGUUACGGUGGAAGACGGAAACCGGCACGGACCGGUGCUUGAAUGUCGAGAGCGAGGUUCUAGGGUUUUCAGCUGAAGGUUCUGGAAUCAGGGUUAGGGUUUUUGCGGAGAUGGAGCGCGGGUUUUACUGCAGCGGGUCGCGAGGCGAUCGAGCUAGGAAGGAUUUUGUGCUCGAGCCGUUGACGGAGGAAUCGAAGCGGGUUUGGUGUGAGAAGUUGACGGAAUUCAUCGAAUCGCUCGGGCGGCCAAAAAGGUUGUUUAUUCUUGUGAAUCCUUUUGGUGGAAAGAAAUGCGCAUUGAAGGUUUUUCAUAGUGAAGUUCAACCAUUAUUGGAAGCUGCUGAUAUCCACUAUAUAUUGCAAGAAACUCAAUAUCAGCUUCAUGCAAAAGAAAUUGCCAAUUCUUUGGAUCUUUCAAAGUAUGAUGGGAUUGUCUGUGUCAGUGGAGACGGUGUCCUGGUUGAGGUGGUAAAUGGUUUGCUCCAAAGAGAAGAUUGGGAGGCUGCUAUAAAAAUGCCCCUUGGGGUAGUUCCAGCAGGUACGGGAAAUGGCAUGGUGAAGUCACUGCUGGAUUCAGUUGAUGAUCCUUGUACUGUGUCAAAUGCUACUUUUGCUAUUAUUCGAGGCCACAAACGUUCUCUGGACGUUUCUACUGUCUUACAACGGCAGACAAGGUUUUUUAGUGUCUUGAUGCUUGCAUGGGGUUUUGUGGCGGAUGUUGAUAUUGAAUCUGAGAAGUAUAGAUGGAUGGGAAGUGCUCGUUUAGACUUCUAUAGCAUUUUGCGGGUGAUACGCUUGCGAAAGUACCACGGUUGCAUUUCUUUUAUUCCUGCACUGGGCUAUGAAAAUUAUGGGGACCCUAUCAACCAAAAUGAUGGGGCCGGUAGCAAUUUCGUAACAUGGAAUCAAAACCAAGAGGAUAAUGAUAAAGUUCAGCUUCGAGGCUAUCAGGGGCCUCUUUCUUGCUCAGAGGAUCUGGAGUGGAGGACUAUCGAAGGACCUUUUAUUUCAGUCUGGCUUCAUAACGUGCCUUGGGCAAGUGAAGAUGCCAUGCCCGCACCUGAAGCCAAGUUCUCAGAUGGUUAUUUGGAUUUGAUCAUUAUCAGAGAUUGCCCGAAGACAGCCUUUCUAGGAUUGUUGACAAAGAUGAACGAUGGAGGCCAUGUCAAAUCACCCUAUGUCAUGUAUCUCAAGGUGAAAGCAUUUAGAUUGGAGCCAGGUCAACAGGCUGGGGACCCAACCAAAGGGGGUAUCAUAGACUCCGAUGGGGAAGUUUUGGCUAGAGGGGAAGGGACAUACAAGAGUGAGCAAAGGGAUCUCAUGGACUAUGGCCCCAUCCAAAUGACUGUCGAUAAAGGUUUAGCUUCCUUGUUCUCUCCUAGAUGAUGAAAAUGUGAUCUUGGCUCUCACUUUAACUAUUUAUUCAUUUUCUUCCUCAGAAGUAUUUGUUUUCAUGUAUUCAUUAAUGUACUAUUGAAAUCUGUAUAUACAAUGAAUGCAUUAAAGCUAAAAGAGGAUAAAAAGAAA